UCAAACUCACGCCUUCUCUUCUUCAUUUCCGUUUUCUCCGCUUAGGUUUCUUCUUGCAUUGUCCCGAGAAAUACUUCACAUUCUCGUUUUCUUCUUCUUUUGGUUUGUUUCCUCUCACCUCUGCAUGGUUGGGCAAUUAUAAAUUUGAUUUGUUGAGUUCAGAUUUGUUGAAAAGUCCUCUCUUUUUCCAUUUCUCUUUGUUCUGAAAAUUAUUCAUCGUGGAGAUUCUCGGAUCGGGUAGAGCUGCCAGAGGUGGAUUUCACGGCGGGGAUAGAUUCAUCUUCUGCCUUCUCCUGAGGGGGUAGCCGAGGCUCCGGCCUCGGCGGUUUUUAAACCCCUACCUUCACAAAAUCUGGGAAUUUUAAAGAUAUAAAGUUUCGGUUUUUUUGGGUUUUCAGUUUUUGUUUUGUUCGAGAAUUUCUUGUAAAGCCAGAUUGUGAUCGUUUUUUUUGGGGCUGAAAAGAAGAUAUAAAGAUGCCUGCUUUAGCUUGCGUUGAUACUUCCUUUGUGCCUCCUGGCUACGCUUUCUCCGACACCACCGCCGCUGAUGUCUUUAUCCCGGCGUCUUCACCAACUUCCGCCGCCGCCGCUGCUGUUGUUGACAGCUCUUGCCGUUGGUCUUCCUCUCUCUCAUCGUCUCUGUAUCGAAUCGAUGGGUGGGGAGCUCCUUAUUUCACCGCCAAUUCGUCUGGUAACAUCUCUGUUCGUCCUCAUGGCUCUGAGACUUUGCCUCACCAAGACAUCGAUUUGCUCAAGAUCGUUAAGAAGGUGACGGAUCCGAAAUCCUCCGGAGGUUUGGGAUUGCAGCUCCCGCUUAUCGUUCGUUUCCCUGAUGUGUUGAAGAACAGGCUCGAGUGUCUUCAAUCUGCGUUUGAAUUCGCGAUUCAGAGCCAAGGAUAUGGUUCUCAUUACCAAGGUGUUUAUCCGGUGAAAUGUAAUCAAGAUCGAUUCGUUGUUGAGGAUAUUGUCAAGUUUGGAUCUUCGUUUCGAUUUGGAUUGGAAGCUGGUUCUAAACCUGAGAUCCUCCUCGCUAUGAGCUGCUUGUGUAAAGGUAAUCCUGAUGCCUUUCUUGUGUGUAAUGGUUUCAAAGACGCUGAGUAUGUAUCGUUGGCUCUCCUUGGGAGAAAACUGGCGUUGAACACUAUGAUUGUGCUUGAGCAAGAAGAAGAGCUUGAUUUGGUUAUUGAGCUGAGCCAGAAGAUGAAUGUGAGGCCUGUGAUUGGGUUAAGGGCUAAGCUGAGGACUAAACACUCUGGUCAUUUUGGAUCAACUUCAGGUGAAAAGGGCAAAUUUGGACUCACUACUACUCAGAUUCUUCGUGUGGUGAGCAAGCUGAGUCAAGCUGGUAUGCUUGACUGUCUCCAGCUUCUGCAUUUUCACAUUGGGUCACAGAUUCCGUCGACUUCGUUGCUCUCUGAUGGUGUCGCCGAGGCUGCUCAGCUUUACUGUGAACUUGUGCGUCUUGGUGCACAUAUGAAAGUUAUCGAUAUCGGUGGUGGUUUGGGGAUUGACUACGACGGGUCUAAAUCUGGAGAUUCGGAUCUCUCUGUUGCUUAUAGUCUUGAGGAGUAUGCUGAAGCUGUUGUAGCUUCUGUUCGGUUUGUGUGUGACAGGAGGUCAGUGAAGCAUCCGGUGAUAUGCAGUGAAAGCGGUAGAGCAAUAGUGUCUCAUCAUUCUGUGUUGAUCUUCGAAGCUGUUUCGGCAGCUAAACCAACGGGUCAUCAUCAAGUGACACCUAAUGAUAUCCAGUUCCUGCUAGAAGGUGACGAGGAAGCUCGUGCGAAUUAUGAGGAUCUUUACGCUGCUGUGAUGCGUGGAGACCAGGAAAGGUGCCUCCUUUAUGUCGAUCAGCUGAAGCAGAGGUGUGUUGAAGGUUUCAAAGAAGGUGUUUUGAGCAUCGAGCAAUUAGCUUCUGUUGAUGGGUUAUGCGAGUGGGUGUUGAAGGCUAUUGGCGCAUCCGAUACGGUUCAUACUUACAAUAUAAAUCUAUCGGUUUUCACUUCGAUUCCUGAUCUCUGGGGGAUUGAUCAGCUGUUUCCUAUUGUUCCUAUCCAUAAGCUCGAUCAAAGGCCCGGGACUCGUGCGAUCUUAUCGGAUUUAACUUGCGACAGCGAUGGGAAGAUCAACAAGUUCAUAGGCGGGGAGUCCAGCUUGCCAUUGCACGAGCUUGACAACAAUGGAAGUGGAGGAAGGUACUUUUUGGGUAUGUUCCUUGGAGGGGCUUACGAGGAGGCGCUGGGUGGAGUUCACAAUCUGUUUGGUGGGCCAAGUGUUGUCCGGGUCUCGCAGAGUGAUGGACCACACAGCUUUGCAGUCACCCGAGCCGUGCCUGGUCAGUCCUCAGCGGAUGUUCUCCGAGCAGUGCAGCAUGAGCCUGAGCUAAUGUUUCAAACGCUAAAGCACCGGGCAGAGGAAAUGAUGCAUACCAAAGGCAGUAGCGAUGAAGACGAAGAAGAAGAAGAUGAUGAUGAGUUCAACAAUGUGGCGGCUUACCUCGACCGUUCGUUCCACAACAUGCCGUAUCUUGCGACUGAGCCUGCAUCGCCGAGUAACUCUCUUUCAGCUGCGAUCAAUAACCUCGGUUUUUACUACUGCGACGAAGACGGCUUCGAUUACCUCUCUGUUUGAGGAAAAGGUGGUCGUUGUAUGGUUUGCUGUUGCAUUAUAUUAUCGUAAAAUCGUCAUUGCACGAUUAUUUCAAUAAAUUAUUCAAUAAUGAUAUAUGAUGAGAUCCAGGAUCCAUCGUUAUUUUAAGGUUUUAAUUUAAAGGAUCCGAAUAAUGAGAGCCUUCUGUGUAACUCGGAUCUUUAUGUAAUGUUCCCGUUUUAUUUGAUUCAAUAGAAAAAAAACUAUUUUAUGAACAA